AUGACUUUGGGUGUUAAUGAUAGAAAAUCAAUGUUAAGAGAUAAAAAGGUUGACCAAGACUGGGUGCGUGAUAAGGUCACGAAGCUUAUUGUGAGACAUGAGUUACCUUUAAUCUUUGUUGAGUAUGAGGAGUUCAGGGAAUUAAUCACAUACCUUUUUCUUGACUACACCCAUAUUACCCGAAACACACAAAUGGCGGAGAUUUUGAAAUUUUAUAAUUUGGAGUCCAGUAGAAUCCAUAAUCUACUUAAGUCAUUUAAUGGGAAGAUUGCUUUGGCAAGUGAUCUAUGGACAUCCAUCACCAAUGAUGGAUACAUAUCUUUGACUGGCCAUUAUAUUGAUAAGGAUUGGGUGUUGCAUAAGAAGUCAUUGAAGUUUUGCAUCAUGCCACCUCCACAUACUAGCAUCCAUAUUUGUGAAAUGGUUUCAAAGAUCUUGUCUGAGUGGGGUAUUGAUCGAAAAUUGUUUUCAAUUACUUUGGAUAAUGUUACUUCUAAUUUCAGUUUUGUUGAGUUGUUGAAGAAAAAUCUAAAUUUGAAGAAUGCUCUUUUAUGUAAAGGAGAAUUCUUUAAUAAUAGGUGUUGUGCUCAUAUUCUCAAUCUCAUUGUACAAGAUGGACUAAAGCACAUAGACGAGUCGGUGGCAUUGAUUCGAUCUAGUAUAGCCUAUGUGAAAGGAUCACAAGCAAGGAAAGUGAAAUUCUUGGAUAUUUGUAAGCAAUUGUCAUUAGCAAGUAGUAAGGGGUUGCAUGGAGAUAUCACCACAAGGUGGAACUCAACUUAUAUCAUGCUUGAUUCUGCUUUAUUUUAUCGGAAAGCAUUUGAGAACCUUGGACUAGUGGAGGACAGUUAUAAAACUUGUCCAAGUUCUGAUCAAUGGUUAAAGAUUGAGAAAUUAAUGGAUUUUUUGCAUCCCUUCUAUGAAAUCACUGUUUUGCUUUCAGGUUCCAAGUAUCCUACAUCAAAUUUGUAUUUUGAAAAUGUUUGGGAGAUUCACAAAAGUUUGUUAGAAGAGGUAUCACAUGGGCUUAGUUUUAUGAGGCCAAUGGCAGUUGAAAUGAAAAAGAAAUUUGACAAAUAUUGGAAGAACUAUAGUCCAAUUUUAGCCAUUGCCUUGGUGUUCGAUCCUCGUUACAAGCUUAGUUUUGUGACUUGGGCAUUUGCUAAGCUUGCUCCUUUGGACCCAACUGGAAUUGAUAUGGGAAACAAUGUGAAAUCUGCUUUGUAUCAACUUUUUAAUGAAUACAAGAGUAUGAAAGCAAGUGAUUAUGAGAUUCCAGUACUGUUCACUCAUCCUGGGAAAUCUAGAACCAGAACUGAAUUUAUGCAAUCUGUGAUUGAUGAGACAGAUAAUGGAACUAAAUCUCAGCUAGAUGUGUAUCUAGAUGAACCCAACAUUCCAUUCAGUGAUGGUGAUGGUGAGUAUGAUGUGUUGUCUUUUUGGAAGGCGAAUGGGUCAAGAUUUCAGAUGUAA